AUGAUGCAAACAACUGACGAUUACAUACUCUGAACUCUGAAGAAGAAGAUCAUCAGGAGGAGCAGAGAGAGAGAGAGUAAGCGGGCGCGAUGCACCUGUUAAAUGUCGUGAUGGCGACCCGGAUGCUCACCCGAAACCACGAAUCGGAGGCGGUCGGGUCCAGCAUAGCUUUUGGAUCGGUGUGGUUUUUCGUGUACGCGGGGAUAUCGUGCUUCCUGGUCCUAUUCGCCGGAAUCAUGUCCGGGCUCACCCUCGGCCUCAUGUCCCUCGGCCGCGUCGACCUCGAGAUCCUCGAGCGCAGCGGCACCUCCUCCGAGAAAAAGCAGGCCGCUACUAUACUUCCGGUGGUACAGAAGCAGCACCAGCUCCUCGUCACUUUGCUUUUGUGCAAUGCCGUUUCCAUGGAGGCCCUUCCUAUAUACCUGGAUAAACUUUUCAAUCAGUAUGUCGCGAUAAUUCUCUCCGUAACUUUUGUUCUGGCUUUUGGAGAGGUCAUUCCGCAAGCUAUAUGCACGAGAUAUGGACUUGCUGUAGGGGCCAAUUUCGUAUGGCUUGUGAGAAUUUUGAUGAUAAUUUGCUAUCCAAUUGCCUAUCCCAUUGGAAAGGUUCUGGAUUGGGUAUUGGGACAUAAUGAAGCGUUAUUUAGGCGGGCUCAGCUAAAAGCCCUUGUCUCGAUCCACGGCAUGGAGGCCGGGAAGGGAGGUGAACUUACACACGAUGAGACGACAAUUAUUAGUGGAGCACUAGACUUAACUGAAAAGACUGCUGAGGAGGCUAUGACACCCAUUGAAUCAACCUUUUCCUUGGAUGUGAAUUCAAAGUUGGAUUGGGAAGCAAUGGGAAAAGUUCUUGCCCGUGGUCAUAGUCGAGUUCCUGUCUAUUCUGGGAGUCCAAAGAAUGUAAUCGGACUUCUACUGGUGAAGAGUCUACUCACUGUACGACCUGAAACAGAGACCCCUGUUAGUGCUGUUUCCAUCCGCAGAAUCCCACGGGUUCCAGCAGAUAUGCCUCUGUAUGAUAUAUUGAAUGAAUUUCAAAAAGGUAGCAGUCAUAUGGCAGCGGUAGUGAAGGCUAAGGGGAAAGGCAAGACUCUUCCUCCAACAGUUGAGGGAGAAAAAUCUGAAGCAAACAAAGCCAGUGGUGAGAACUCGCAACUGACAACUCCUUUGCUAUCAAAGCAGGACGAAGCAUUAGACCGUGUCAUUAUUGAGAUUGACCGGCCUUCGAGGCCUAUCAAGUUGAAUAGGCCACCCUCUUUACAACAUAAUGGCACAGCAACAACUGGUUUGCCUCAUUCAUUUGAUGAUAUCGAAGAUGGUGAAGUCAUUGGUAUAAUCACCCUUGAAGAUGUAUUUGAAGAACUUCUGCAGGAGGAAAUUGUGGAUGAGACAGAUGAAUAUGUUGAUGUGCAUAAACGAAUCCGUGUGGCUGCAGCUGCAGCUGCUUCAUCAGUGGCACGAGCUCCAUCAUCUCGGAGGCUAAUAAAUAAGGGAUUAGGAAGCCAAAGCAAGCAAGGCCAAACCCCGAAGUAAUCAGCGGAGGAUGUUUUAAUUUUCAGAAGGUCACAAGGGACUUCUGGUGAACUCUCUUCAUCGGAAUAAGAGAUGAAUGCAUACUGCAAUAAGAGAUGAAAUGUAUAUUAGUCCCACAGAAAAAAGAAAAGAUGGCGUUGCUGGUUGGUGGGAGGGAGGGAGGGAGAGAGGGAGAACAAUAAAAUGGUGCAAUAUUUUGUCGAUUUGUUUGUUUAAUCAGAAGAUGCUAUGUGGUUCUCUGCUAAAAUAUAUCCACAUUGGCUGAUAUUAGUAUGUGUACACAGAGAUGAAUCUACUUGAUAUCAGGACUAUGAACCUCUUGGGCAAAGGCUCAAUUUAGUUUUGAGACGAUCGAUGCGGGAAAAAAUUCUGUCGUUGUUGUUC